ACCGGACCGACUACACCUGGCGCGGAAGGAGGCCGGCAGUUCGUGGGCUGGGCGCUGCAUUUAAGGCGCGCCGCGGCUGCAGCGCGGAGCCCUAAACGCUCAGUCUGUGGCGCGGCGGGACCUCCCGGCUUCGGUCCUAGACUCCACCAUGUACCUGUACUGCUGGUUGGGGAUGGUGUCACUCUUCUUGCAGGCUCUGACAACGAGAAGCGCCCCGCUGGGGACCGAGGGCGGGGACCCUGGCGCCGGCUGCUCUUCCCCGGCUGGCUGUGACUCUCCCGAGAACAAGGCAACUUGCGACGACAAGGGCUGCGGCGGCGGCGGCGGCGGGGCCAGCAGGGCACAGGGCGAGGCGUGCGGCGUCUACACGCCCGGCUGCGCCCAAGGAUUGCGCUGCGUCCCUCGGCACGGCGAACGCGCCCCUUUGCACGCUCUGCUCCGCGGGAAAGGGGUGUGCUUGGCGGGCGCCGGCAAGAAAAGGGGGAGCAGAAGAAACCAGACGGAGGCGGAAGCCGCUGCAGGUGAUGGUUGGCAGGCGGUUCGUGAAGCAAGUCAUCCCACUCCAGAGCCCCUCCCCUUGAAGAACCAGGACCCCCUGCAGGAGGCCCCAUGCCGCAUGCACUUGGCCGCCAUCUUGCAGGAACUCAGGGCUCCACUCUACCUACAUGGGGGAGACAUCUUCAUUCCCAACUGCGACACCAGAGGCUUUUACAGGCGGAAACAGUGCCGAGCAUCCAAAGGGACGAAGAGAGGCCAGUGCUGGUGUGUGGACAAGAGGGGCCAUCGGUUGGAGGGGCUGGAGGAAAACCCCCUUUGCCUGCUUGCAAAUGGUAAUUGAGCACGUGCUGCUCCAUCCAGCAGCAAAGGACUCUUGACCAAAGGGAAUCUUCUGACUACACUGGUCACAGAAGUGUGUUUAUGUGUGUUAAUUUAUUGUGUGGUUCCUGCCUUGCUGGGAUCCUGCAUUCCCUGGUGUAACCUUGGAACAGCUGAAGUGCCUGAUAACAGCCCAUGAAAAGGUAGAGGACCAGGGAAUGGCUGCAUCAGGAACAUGGCAAACUUCAGAGUGCUUCCUUGAAUAAGCUACCCCGGGUUGUGUUAUGAGACUACAGAUGUGAUGGCACCCAAAGUGUCUCUUCUGUUUGACAAAUGUGGCAUGCGGCAUCUUGGUGCUAAACCAGUAGGGAAACCUGAGUGGCCAGAUGUUGGGAGUAGGCAUAUUUGCAGUUCUCAGGGGAACCUGGAAGGCAGCAGAGUCCUAAAAGAUGCCUUCGAGGGGGGACACCUGUGGGCAUGUCUUAGACAUCCUUUCCAAGAAGCUAGAAGUGCUUGGUGAUCUGGAAAGGAGGUAACUGUGUGGAAGGGAUAUUAAAAUGGGGAGUGGGGAGGAUGAGCCCAUCUACAGCAGUGCCCUCCUAAUUCCAGGUACUAGCUGAACAAGAUGGUGGAGGGGUAAUUGGUGCAGGGCUUAGUUACUGGAAGCCACUUAAGCUAUAUAUACGUUUGGGCAGGGGAAUUUGUUAGUCUCCUUUAUACCUGAAUCUGCCUGCCUGAGUCUACCGGGUUGCUGGAUCAUGGGGGAGAAUUAGAUGGUUGGAACUUAUGGUGAAGCCUUAGGCUGCCUUUCCUCCCAGAGGGACAAUGUAUGAUGGGUCUUCCCUACUUGCAAUAUAUAUUUAAUUUAAAACUGUUAAGGGUAGGGCGGGGUUUGUCUUGUUUGCUUCUUUCUCUUACUGUCAUUGGCUUUAAUAAAUCGAUGAUUAACUCUUG